AGUAAAUUUGUGCCAGUUUAAAGUUUGACCCGCAUCUUGAGCUGCAAUGCAAAGUUGCUAAGACGUCGUCCGCAUUAUGACGCCAAAGAAGAAGCGACGCGCUUUGGGGCGCCACAAGAGUCGCGCCCAAACGGAGGCAGAGCACCAACAGCUGCUGGAGGCAUUGGAGCUGGCGGAUAGCUGCUGUGACAUUUGCCACUGCGAUUGCUACAGUUCGCACAGCAGUAGCAAUGUGAGUGGACGCGGUCAAACGCAAGCGGAAACGGAAACGAAAACGGAGCAACUGCAGCAACUAGAGCAGGAGAUACACAUUCUGGAGCAGCUGCAGCGCAGUGAAAGUGCUCAGAAGAGGUGUCACAGCAGUCAACGGCUACAACAACGACAACGCAGUGCUUCCAAAUCGCCCACAGAGGCCAAAACAACGCACAGUCGACGCGGCUCCGCCGAGUGUCAAACGAGAAUCUCUACAGCGGGCAGAAGCAAACGCUCCAAGAGCGCCGGCAGCUCUCGCAGUCAGUCCAGGCAAGAGCAGGAUCAGAAUCAGGAGCAGGAGGAGCCGCCACAGUCAAAGAAACGCUCACGACGUGGAGCGGGCGGACAGCGGGAUUGUCAAAUGUUGCAGGCUGUAUUUGGUGCCUUGGGAACAAGCGAUGCUUCCAGUUUGGCCAUUCAAGGACGGGGCAAGUCGAAGUCACAGGAGAACAUGUCGUUGAUGCCGCUUAAUCAAUCCCAGGCCCAGUUGACACGUUCCGGCAACUCGCUGUGCGCCUCGAUGGCCAAUCUGUGUCUGGCGCCAACGGUGCGUGCUGCCUACGCCCAGGUGCCAAGUCACGAUCAGAAGAUCCUCAACCGGAUGGCAGUGAAGCGUAGUGAACAGGCGGUAGAUAAGGAGCAUGCUUGGCUGGCGAGAAAGUAUUGGGAGAAUGAGAGAUUGGAGCGUCAGCUGUUGAAGUGCGAACAGCUGGAGGAAUAUAAGCGGGCUGUGCAUGAUAAACAGUUCCAGGACUAUCUAUUGACCAAGGCGCGUCUGCAGGCGUUGGCCGAGCGGGAUCUUGCCGAGCUACGGCGACUGCGCGGUGCCCUCGAUGCCAAGGAUGAGGCAGCCAAGCAACGUUUGAAGGCCAUGCGAUUGGAACGUGAUCUGACUCUGUGUCAACGUCGCUAUGAGGAGUCCCGACGCAGUGAGGCCGUCAAUUUGCAACAAGAGGAGCAACAAUUGGAUGCAAGGCUCAGGAAACGUGACAUUUGCAUGCGACUCACGCAACGUCUGCGUCGAGCCGACGAACUACGUGGCCAAGUACUGGAGGGUUACCUCAAGCGACUGCAACACGAUAACCAAGUGGAGCAACUGCAGCACGAGGAGCAUUGGCAAGAACGUCAACAAUUAGAGCGUCUGAAGCGCGAACAAUUGCAGCAGGAUAUUCAAAGGAAACGUCAUAAAUCACAGCGAUUUCUAGAUUGCCGACAACGGCGACAUGAAGCCCGGUAUCGUACAGCCAAGAUCUCAGCCAGCCUAAGGGAACUGGUUCGACAGUCCGUCACACCCGAGGCGGGGUUGGAUCAACAAGGAAACAGCUUCUUCGUCCAGCAGCAGUCGCAACUAGGACGACUUCUCUUCAAGAACAAGACAAACUAAACUAAUAAAUAUUGCAAACCUUCAACUGUUGUUGUUAUGUAAAUAAAUGGAGAAUUACCCAAAGCUAUUUACAA